AUGCAACAACUUAUAGUAGUAGGGGUGGCAGCGGCAUAUUUGGUUAUAACAGCAAUUGGUUGGUUUGGCAACGGUUGCAUCGUCAUCGCAACUAUCCUUUCAAAAAGAUUACACGGCCCGUGCAAUGCAUUCAUUGCAAUUGAAGCAUUUUGCGAGAUUCUUCACCAGUCGGGACACAUUAUUACAGCUUACCGCGUUUAUCACGGAAAAUACAUCGCCACCGCGGAACAGUGCUUUAAUUCACAAGUGAUCCCUAAUUUCUUCAUGAAUGUCGGCAAUUUCCUCAAUUUAUGCAUUGGCAUCGAUCGACUGUUUGCGAUUCUAUAUCCUUUCAUGUAA